UUAGUGUUGUUGACCUGGGUGAACUGCCACAGUGUGCGCUGGGCCACAUGUGUACAAGAUGUCUUCACUGCUGGCAAGCUUUUGGCUUUGGGCCUCAUCAUAAUCAUGGGUUUCGUCCAAAUAUGCAAAGGUCACUAUUACUGGUUGGAGCCAGUACACGCCUUUGAGACCUUCCGAGACUAUGAUGUUGGUCUGGUAGCUCUGUCCUUCCUACAAGGCUCCUUUGCUUAUGGAGGCUGGAACUUCCUCAACUACGUCACAGAGGAGCUGGUUGACCCAUACAGGAAUCUACCUCGUGCAAUCUUCAUCUCUAUUCCCGUGGUCACCUUUGUUUACGUGUUUGCCAACGUGGCCUACGUCACAGCCAUGAGCCCACAGGAGCUGCUGGCUUCUAAUGCUGUGGCAGUGACAUUUGGAGAGAAAUUGCUAGGAGUAAUGUCAUGGAUCAUGCCCAUCUCUGUGGCGCUCUCCACCUUCGGGGGAGUCAAUGGCUCCCUCUUCACGUCGUCGCGGCUGUUUUUCGCCGGAGCGAGGGAAGGCCACCUCCCACGUCUGCUGGCCAUGAUUCACGUCACAAGCUGCACUCCAAUCCCAGCAUUAUUGUUUACUUUGAUCUCUACUCUGCUGAUGUUGUGCACCAGUGACAUUUACACACUCAUAAACUACGUGGGUUUCAUCAACUACCUUUUCUAUGGCGUCACUGUCGCUGGGCAGAUUGUGCUGCGCGUCAAAGAGCCCAACCUGUAUCGACCCAUCAAGGUGAGCCUUGUAUGGCCAGUCAUCUACCUGUUGUUCUGGGCCUUCCUGCUGGUCUUUUCUCUCUACUCCGAGCCAUUGGUCUGUGGUACCGGCCUGGCUAUCAUGAUGACAGGUGUCCCUGUAUAUUUCCUGGGAGUCUACUGGGAAAACAAGCCAGAGUGUUGUGAUGCUACCAUUGGUAAGAUAACUCAUCUGUGCCAAAAGCUCUGUUCAGUGGUGUACCCAGUCAUGGAGGAGAACCCGGAGCCCAUCGUACCUCAAAAGAACGCUGGAAAUGUGGAAGACGAAUAAAGCCCUCAAACAGCUGGACUCAUGCAUAAACAAACAAAGACAAUGUCCCACACUCUGUUUGGGGGGUGAAAGACGUUUGGAGAUAUCGGCAUACACAUUCACUUGUGGUUCUACAGCACUGGACUUUAUUGCUCUUCUUUUUUUUUUUUACUGGCCUUGACCCUGACCACUAUUCUUUCAGUGUGUUUGAGAUGAAAUAUCACUUAAAUUAUGAAAGUCAUUUUUAUUUAUUUUCACAUGGACCUUUAAAACUUGGUCCUGUUGUUUGAGUCUGAGAGGCAGUGGAAAAAUAUUGAAAUAUGCAGUUUGUAUGUCUUGUUGAAGCUAUGUGGUGUUUAUUUCCACCUCACUGUAUUAACACUAAAAUGAAAUCUUACACAUGUUUAAUGAUUUUUACUUUUAUUGGAUUCAUAAUAUUAACGUGCCAAAUUGUAUUAAUCAAUUCAAAAUGUUCCCUUUUUUUUGAAUACAUAGAGUGGUAUGUGAUUGGUCCAUUAGUUGUCAACUAUUAAAAUUUCUAAGCUAUUUUGAUAAUGA